AUGGCGAAGAAAAAGGCAACAAAUGAGAAGAAACAGGCUAGAUCAGCGGGCCAGGAAGGUGAAAGAUGCAACUGGACAAGCGCUGAUGAGUUACGGCUCCUCGACUUCAUCACCACCCAUAAAGCAAAAGGGGGUGAUGGACUUGAUUUCAACAAGACUUUUUGGGCACAGGCCGCCAUUGAUGUAGCACACACCACCACAAGUGGUGCGGUAAAAACAGGCGAGCACUGUUCGCAAAAAUGGUCCAGGAUGCACACCACCUUCUCAGUUGCUGAUCGGGUUGUAAACUUUUUGGGCAUCUCAUGGAGCAAUGAGCUUGGCGCCAACAUCACACCUGAGUCUGAGACUGUAUGGACGGAUCUCAUUAAAGUAAGUACCUAUCUGCUGUUUUAG